AAGCAACGCUGCUGCUAGCAGUAGUCAGUUUACGUUUCAUCGCGUUUAUUCUUUUUGAGUCGAUUUCGGAGUUGUCAAUUUUUGUCGUUCAUAUAGUUUUGCUUGGUAUUAUUAAAAUCAACUUUUAAUACGAUUUUUUAAAUUGAAAAAUACAAAAUAAGAAUAACGUGACGAUGAAUUGAGUGAUUCCUUGAUUUGUCGUAGCAAUUGCGUUGAAAAGCCUAACUGUACUUCUACUACUGGACAAUAAUAACAAAUUAGCAUGGCUGGCAAUUUUUGGCACAGUUCUCACCAUCAACAAUGGUUACUUGAUAAGCAAGAUCUUGUGAGAGAAAGGCAGCAUGAUCUGUCAAUUCUCACUGAAGAAGAAUAUCAAAAGAUUUUAAUUUUCUUUGCCAAUUUAAUUCAAGUUUUGGGAGAACAACUGAAACUUAGGCAACAGGUUAUAGCAACAGCUACAGUGUAUUUCAAAAGAUUUUAUGCUAGAAAUAGUCUCAAGUGCAUUGAUCCUCUAUUACUUGCUCCAACUUCUAUCUUUUUAGCAUCUAAGGUAGAAGAAUUUGGUGUUAUUUCAAAUACUAGGUUGAUAACAACUUGUCAAACAGCAAUUAAAAACAAAUUCAGUUAUGCUUACACACAGGAGUUCCCAUACAGAACGAAUCAUAUCUUAGAAUGUGAAUUUUAUCUUUUAGAACAUUUAGACUGUUGUUUGAUUGUGUAUCAGCCUUAUCGGCCUCUACUCACAUUGAUUCAAGAUAUUGGACCUGACGAUCAAUUGCUUACUUUAGCGUGGAGGAUAGUGAAUGAUAGCCUUCGAACUGAUGUAUGUUUGCUAUAUGCACCAUAUCAAAUUGCAAUAGGUGCUCUACAAAUAGCUUGUGUGAUAAUGCAAAAAGAUAUGAAAUCUUGGUUUGCUGAAUUAAAUGCUGACAUGGAAAAAAUUCAAGAAAUAGCUAGAUAUAUAAUUAAUUUGUAUGAGUUAUGGAAAACCUAUGAUGAAAAGAAAGACAUCCAAGCUCUCUUAAACAAAAUGCCAAAACCAAAACCAGCUCCUCAGCGUUAGCCAAAUUUAGAUGAUGAAAAUUUGAAUCAACACCCACCUAAUUUAUUGUAGUGCUAGGAUCUUUGAUAUAUUUGAGUAUUCAGUAAGUUAAUUGGCCCAGGGAUUUAGUAACAUGAAUUUAAUGAAAUGGUGUUAUUAUAUAGAUGACACUUACGAAUUGAAGAUUAAGUUGUCAAAAUGAACAUUCAGAACUUGUUUCAAUGACGAACACAAAAGUGUAUAAAAAGUGUGGAAUUUUUUAAAAAUUAUGAUAGGAUAUUGACAAUUUUAUAAUGAAAAAUAAAUAAAUAAAC